UAUAAAAUGGCAAAUAUACAUAGAUUGGGUGACAACAAUGAUUAGUAAAAUAAUUAUUAGAACUUAGGGGGUAAUGGAAGACAACAGAUGAUUUCGAUAUUCGGUAAGCAAAUUCAUUUAAAGAUAUCAAGGAGGGAUUGAUGCAGACCCAAGAGGUGAGAAUUUUUUUGAUAUGUUGAAAAAAUCAUUCUGUCCGAGACUUAAGCUUAUUUCAUUUACCACAAUAGUCUCAGCAGUGAUUAUAAUUCUAUACAUCACAAUGUUAGGAGUUGGAGGAAUCAAUAAACAUGAUCGAUUUUUAUCAGUUUACGAGAAAACCUUGAAUGAUUUUGGUGGAAAUGAUCCAGAUGAUGUUAAAUCCAACUAUGAAAUUUUCAGAUGGGUGACAUCCUUAAUCUUAGUAGGAGACUUCUAUAAUCUAGUACUUGCGAUCUUCAUGAUAUUAAUAUGCUAUUCAAUAUUGGAAGCCACAUAAGGAUUGAACUUAACAUUAAUAGUCUUUUUUGGGGCAGGAGCAUGCGGUGCUCUAUUCGGAGAUUUGUGCAAUAUUUGCAAAUACAGAACAUACUCUGAAACCUUCGCUUGCAUAUAUGCUUGUGUAGGAUUCUUGAUAGGAGUAUAUAUUUUUAUUAUAUAUUUAAUAGUACAUAAUUCUAUAUUGGAAGAAAUUAGAUUCUUUGGGUGAAAUGAAAUGCGCUGUAGUAUGUUUUGUUGCCAUAGUAGUAAUAUUUGUUAUGAUCUUCACUUUUGGAUCUGGACAAAAUAAUUUUUAUGACAAUUUUGGUGAAUUGGGUGGUUUCUUGGGAGGUUUAUUCAUCGCCAUGAGUUUGGUUCAAGUGCCUUAGAGUGGGGAAUUUGAGGCUAUAUGUAGAAAGGUCGGAUAUGGAUUUCUGGGAGUCCAAGUUGGAUUGAGUAUAAUUUUGUUAUAUUCUUUGUCAUGCAGCUGA